AUGGACAGCCCUCGAAGCACCAAACCGGCACAGCAGCAGCCUCCAGUCAAGCGAAGGAGCCGAACCGGCUGCCAAACGUGCAAGAGGAGGCGUGUCAAAUGCGAUGAGCAUCGGGACGUUUGUAACAACUGCACCCGUUUACACCUGGUCUGCCAGUAUGACAACCCUAACAGCCAGUCUGGGAAAACGAGGCUGCGCCCAAUUGCAGCAGGGAGAAGAAGAAGCUCCGUUUCGCAGGGAGUGUCCAGGGUGAUUCCUUUGCCAUCGUACGGCCCCCAGGACCCUUUGAGCCCGACGCGGGGAGUGUCCGAGUCCUCUCCGCUCAAUUCCAAUUCAUCAACGCAAGGCAUCAAAACCCUUCCUACAGACCUCACGACGCCUCGAAAUGACGCCACCGCCACACCGGUGCUGCCGAAUGACAUAGGAGUUGCAACGGCUCCUGUCUUUGGUGGCCAGGGUCCCGUUGACUUGGACGCGUGGGAUCUCGGUCUCCUUGGUGAUUCCAGUUUCUGGCCUCAUGUAACCUUCAAUGGGCCUCUAGACAACAAUCCCGUAACUCAGCAAACUGCGCUUCCUUUCGAGACAGCCGGUAGUUGCCAUUCCACGGUCAAGACUCCUCGAUCUGUUCCCAUAACCGUGACACCAGGGUCCGGGGUGACCAGUGGAGAACUCACUCUGCUACGGCAUCUCGCCGACUUUGCAGUGCCUCCAAUCUUAAUCGGCGUAGAACCUCGUUGGAACAGCGCGCGAGUCUCCCUCUUACGGCUGGCAAAUUCGAGUCCGGUGGUCAGGCAUGCGAUUUGCGCGUUCUCGGCCCUGUCAUUUGCGGGAUCGCCAGAGGCAUCAAAGAAUUCGGUCCCUUCUUCGACGCAUUACUACGAACUCGGCCUGAGUGAGAUCCGGGAGAUCCUUGAGCGCGUGUCGGACAAAGUGGAUGCGACGACACAUGAGGUCAUCUUAGCUUCUGUGUUUUUCCUCUGCUAUGUUGAGCUGACCACGACAUCUGUUCCAACCAAUACUUACGAACUGCUCCGGCGAGCUCACAGCAUAUCCAACACUGUACAGAGACCUUUGACCGUCCUAGGCGCUCAACUGCGGACAUGGCUCAAGCUUCUUGAUGCGAAAGUCGUCAGUGCGGGCGGGGAUGGUGCCCAUCUUCUUAUUACCCCUGACGUACAGGACUUGGAAGGAUUCGGGGAUGGCGUGUCGCCCGUCAACGACCAGGACGCAGAUCCGUCCAACGGCGACGAAGCGGCUAUCCUCGAGACAGAAGAUAUUCUCUACAACUCGCUGAACAGGCUCGCCUACAAUUUCUACCUGCAGGUGUUGACAUUCUCCGGUCGAAUAGCUCAACUCGACCAAUGGCACCGAUCUCGCGGCACCGUUGCGGAUGAAUUCGAGGUGAUGUGUGCCGCCGACAAGAUCGUGAAGGAUCUUGGCGCUCUGUGGACCCGGCGACCGGCCAUCAUCGACCUUGCGGACAAAGGUGACCAACUUCGACAACAUUUGUCUCAAGAUCUGGCUGCCAAGAUCGAACAGAAUCUGCGCACCUACUGCGCCAACUUCUACGCGUGCUAUAUCCACCUCCAACGAGUCGCUUAUGUGCAUCUCCCAUCGACUCCUCAGGCCAAACGUGCCUUGGACAAAAUCAUCCACUUUGCGCGACUCUCCGUCAAUGAAGGCCGCACCCUGUCCAUCAGCAUGAUGUGGCCAUUAAUGAUGGCAGGCUGCGAAUGUGAGGAUAGCGAGACCCGAGAAUGGAUAAUCCAGUGCAUUGAAGGCAUGAAGGGUAGUGUCAGUAAUGCCUCUCGGACGGCGCAGCUGGUGCGAGAAGUCGUCCGCAGGCAACAGAAAGAGGGAAAGAGGCAGAACGCAAGAGCGGUGAUGCAGGAACUCUUUGGGACGGUUUUCGCGAUCAUUUAG